AUGGCGAAUAACCCGCUGAGUACGGACAGCAUCCUCAAACAUAUGGCAGAUGCUCUCCCUACCCAUGCCAAAGAUGACACAAACUCCGACCUCAGCAGCUCUUAUGAAGCUAUUGCUCUCUUCUCGCACGCAUGCAUGACCGCCGUCGGGUUCCGAUUAAUAGGUUUGGGAGAAGGACAAAAGAUGGAAGCAGAAUGCCAAAGUAUCUCUCCACGGCUGCCAUCGAAAUGGAAUUCUACGUAUGGAUCGCAUUCCUUUCUCUACGCGCAUUCACAAAGCUCGAUGCAAUAUGUGGUGAAGGUUGAUAGAUUAGGAGGCAAAGCGGAGAUACGAGGCAUUGGACUUGGAGAUGAGAGGAUUAGUAGGUUUGAGGUCACAGCGAAGGAUUAUGUCUCUUCUGCUGCUCUGCCCCUACGAAUAACGAUGACCGCCGAUGGAGAGGAGGAUAGGUCAAAUCUUGAAUCGAAGCUAAAGGAAAUCUUUGUCUCUCCAUCUCGGAUUCAAGACCUGGCAUCCCUCUUCAAAGGAACAAUUAUCCAAAAGUUAAUGCCGAGUCUGCACAAAGAAGGUUACGAAGAAGCACCUAACGCAGCCGCACAAGCUGCCCAUGACGAACGCGAAGAAGCACACGCACGGCGCAAUCCACCAGCCAAUCCCCUUCGAAAUCCUAUGCCAGAACCCGCCCGACCAUACCCCUUCGACGACCCCCUUGCCGCUGGUCCUCGUCGUCCCAUCCCACAAGGCGACUUUCCACCUCCCGGUUUCGAUGACGAGUAUGACAUGAACCGACCUUUACGCGGCACGGUCCCUCCAUUCCCAGGCGCAGGCAGCCCCUUUGGAAUUGGCGGAGAUGAUUUACACCCGCCGGGACUGGGACCACAUGAUCCUUUGAGAGGCAGUUUCGUACCUGCAGGUGGGUUUGGCAGGGGCGGUGGCAUGCACCCCACGUUUGAUGAUCCCCUUUUCGGAGGAUAUGGCCAAGGUGGAGGAGGAGGAUUCGAUCCCCAGGCGCCUCCAGGAGCAAGAUACGAUCCAACAGGGCCUGGUGACGGACCGCGACGGGGCGGUUCCGGAAGACCGCCGAACCCAUUCGGUGGGUUUUCAAGCGGGGAUUUUAUCUAG